AUGCUCACUCUCCUCGUCCUGCUCGGCAGCGCCCUCGCCUUGUCGCAUGAUGAGGGAUCCAACACUGUCGCUAUCGCUAAACAUACAAAGACCAUCGUCGUUACGGUAACACAAACCUCGAUGGCGCCGCUGCCCUCCGACCCUUCACUCGUUUGUCCGACACCAAGUCUGCCUUGUAUUAUCGACGGCAUAGCAAUUUGGCCCAACAGCACCACCAUGCCAUCCUUCACGCUGACCCCAAGUGGAGACUCCACUGCAAUGUCCUUGAGCGCCACAAGCUUCAGCCAGCCCGCGGCCUCCAGUGGGAGCAACGGCGCAACAGCUUCAAGCAGCAGCUCCAGCGCUAGCGCGACAGACGAUGUGUCGACUUCCAGCUCUGCCGUGAGCGCAACAAGCUCAAACUGCUCGUACAACAUGUCUCACAUCCUGCCACCCGAACCGACCUCAUGGCUUAAGACCAUCACUAGGCCAGUCGAUUCUCGAUCAACAGCUACAAAUGCACCACAAGAUCCAGAACCCAUACCUGGUGAAGAGAACAACAACGAGGAAGAUGAUACGCCCCGGGGCCCAGACACUGAGCCAGAUGACGAGCAAGACAGUGACGAAGACAGCACGUCAGACACAGAACCAGACAAACAGCAGAACAAUACCGAAAACAACACACCUCACGGCUCAGACGACCAUCAACCCACCGACGAAAAGAAGACAGCCUCAGCAGCCAUGGCCGACCAACCCAACACGCACACCAAACGAACAUCAACAAACGAUGCUCUCCCCUCCUUCGACCCCAUCGCCUGGGCCAGCAUCGACAAACGCUCCGAAACCAGCGGCGCACAGCGCGGCCCUAGACCGCUCUGGAGUCGUGUCUUCGUCGCGGGGUAUCCGCAGUCGGCCGCACAGGUCCACGCAGAUAAGGAUGAUUUUAGCACGGGGAAUGAACCGGAGAAUAUGUGCGUGACGUGCGAGGCUGGAGGGGAUGUUGUGUGCAUUGGGGAGACGCAUUAUGGGUUUUGCGAUGAGGGGUGUGCGGAGCCGAGGGUGUUGGGGAGGGGGAUGAGGUGUGUGGAUGGAAGGGUGACUGGGGUGAAAGAGUGGAGUGAGUGA